UGCAGGAGGAACUGGGUCCAACAAUGUCUGCAGCCAGGAGAGGACAGCAGCGGCGAGGCUGGGCGCCUGGCUGCAGCGUGACGUCAGCGCGUUUUCCUGACGUGCUGUCUGCCAGCUCUGCGCUCUGCUUUGUUCCCUGUGCGCUGGCGGAGCGAGCUUCCCUCUGGAUCCGGGAGCAGCAGCAGAAGAUGAGCCACUUCAACAAGGGACCAGCCUACGGCCUGUCUGCGGAGGUCCGGAGCAAAAUUGCUCAGAAAUAUGACCCCCAGAAGGAGGAGGAGCUGCGCUUCUGGAUGGAGGAGGUGACAGGGAUGGCCAUCGGAGAGAACUUCCAGAAGGGUCUGAAGGACGGAGUCAUCCUCUGCGAGUAAGUCUGCUCUCCCAGUUCCUCUGACUGAUCCCACUCGCUGGUCCCCAGCUGUGCUCAGCCUCCUCUGGACCAAUCAGAUGGAUGUGGAUGAUGGAUUGAUGGAUGGAUGAUGGAUGGAUGUAUGAUGGAUGGAUGGAUGGAUGGAUUGA